AAUAAAAGACCCUCAAGUUUCAGUCUCCCAGGCAACUCCUGCAGUCCAAAGACUCGUUCUCUAGAACUGGUUUCCAUUUCGGAUCGUGAUCUAGCGAAAGGGAGGUGUGGCUAUCAGUUUCUCCAGUGGAGGGAGGAGCUGCCACGGCACAAAAAUGCAGCAUUUCACCAGCCCUCGACUAAUAAUCGGGUAAACCACAAUUUUUGUUAAAACACUGAUGUCGAACAUGCUCCCCUGUUAGCGUGGUCCAUGCAUGAUCGGAUCUUCUCGGCCUUGAGUGGGCGAGCAAACGCGAGGAGCUCCAGCGUCGCCAAAUACGAUGGCAUCUCCGUGGUAGGAUGAGAAGUCCGGUGCCACGUUUCAGGGACGUCGAGAGGCAGGCCAGUGGCCUGGAGCCCGCACACUGUCUUCCUCCCUGUCAUGAGCGACAGAACAACAUGUGGUUCAUCAGAGAUGCCUGCGGCAUCGUUUGUGCGAUCAUCACCUGGCUUCUCGUCGUCUUUGCCGAGGUCGUUGUGUUGUUCGUCAUGCUGAUUCCUUCAAAGAGCCUUACCUACAGCCUGUUGAACGGCACCCUCUUCAACAGCCUGGCCUUCCUCGCCUUGGCGUCUCAUUUCAGAGCCAUGUGCACCGACCCGGGAGCCGUGCCAAAGGGAAACGCCACUAAGGAGUACAUCGAGAGCCUGCAGCUGAAGCCUGGCCAGGUGGUUUACAAAUGUCCCAAAUGCUGCAGUAUCAAGCCGGAUAGAGCUCACCACUGCAGUGUUUGUAAGCGCUGUAUACGGAAGAUGGAUCAUCAUUGCCCUUGGGUAAACAAUUGUGUGGGGGAAAAUAACCAGAAGUACUUUGUGCUUUUCACAAUGUACAUUUUCCUGAUCUCUCUGCAUUCCUUGGUCAUGGUGGUCUUUCAUUUUCUCUACUGCUUUGAAGAUGACUGGACAAAGUGCAGUACCUUCUCCCCUCCAGCCACUGUCAUCCUCCUCAUCCUCCUGUGCUUUGAGGGCCUCCUCUUCCUCAUCUUCACCUCUGUGAUGUUUGGCACCCAGAUCCAUUCCAUCUGCACAGAUGAGACGGGCAUAGAGCAGUUGAAAAAGGAAGAGAGAAGAUGGGCUAAAAAAACAAAAUGGAUGAACAUGAAGGCGGUAUUCGGACACCCCUUCUCGAUAGCAUGGUUUAGCCCGUUUUCCACCCCCGACCACGGGAAAGCUGACCCCUACCAGUAUGUGGUCUGAGCUCAGGAAGCUUUAAGCUAGAGACUCGAGUGCACUUGGACUGACCUUAUAAAACAGCGUCUUUUAAUUUGUUUGUAACCCCGACUUGAGCAGAGCAUUUACCAGUGAGACGAUAUCACCUUCCUCUUCUUUUUUUUCAGAGAACAAAUCAUUGCAUAUCCAAUUAUCCUUGCCUCUAUUUAUUUCAAUUAAGAACAGAAAGCCGAUCCUUUAUCAUGUCAUAAUCUCAAGCAUCUCUGCCUAGCUACACCGAAAUGAAGAUGAAUGUUGCGCAGAUAAUAGAAGCCAAUUUAUGCUAAUAUAAUCACUAUUGUAAUCCUGCCAGACUGUCCACAAUGAUAACCUACUUUCUGAAGGUGCUUUUAAAUAUUCUGUUAAUUCUCUAUACCUAGCUACAGUAUAGUACUCCAGCCCUUUCCUGGUUAACGAUCUAAGAGCACUGACAACCAUUCUCUAAAAUGGUUUAUUAUGCAGAUCAAAUUUAUUAUACAGAUUUGGGGUCGUUUAUACCAAGGACCAUAACUGUAAUGAUAACUAGAAAUCAUUCUAAUUCUAUGAAAAUAGUGAAGUCCAUACCACACCGAGGAACAAUCUCAUUGGAAUCACUCUCAGAACUAAUUGGUCCAGCUCAUGAAUUAUUGAAAACAUUGACAGCCAAUCGGAAUCCACCAGUCUUUAAAGAGAUCAA